AUGCUGUCGCGAAUGCUGCCAACGUUAAAACAGGUGGCUCGUCCGAGCAUCAUGCUCCGCAUGUCGACCCGUGGCAUCAAGUUUUUGAGCAAGGACUACCCUGUAACUGAAGGAUUCUCCAAGUACAGCGCCGAACUCGAGCAGGCAAUCGCCGCUACCAUCGCCGAGCUGCCGGCCCCCAACAAAGUGUACCAGAACGCAGAUGGCACCGUCAAGGAGCCAUCCGACAAGCAGCUUCAAAGCGCGGCGGCUCUUGGAGCCCUUAUGGACACUUCGCGUGCCACCCUUGGUGAUCGUUUUAAGCUGACGACUGAGCAAGCCACCGUGCUCAACGAAAACACUGCCCAUCUUCAAGACUUUUUCCUGAAUGGCCGUCGUAUUCUGGACAAGAUUCCCGUUGAGGACCCCGCUACCGGUGAGGUUACUUGGACUAUUGUUCGCGAGAACCAAAAGGAGGGCUGGGAGAAUAUCAUGUACUACGGCUACGUUCCUGGCUUGCUGAUUGCCCUCGGGCUCUACUUCUUCCUGAACAAGGAGACCUUGAACGACUGGGCCCUCGAGGAGCUGCGUCUCCGUGCACAGGAGAAGUUCGGUGAGACCACAGACUCUUCCGAGAAGCUCUCGCCCGAGGAGCAAAAGAAGCGGGACGAUCUGGUGGUUGAACGUAUUCUUUCCGGCGACUACGACCGGCUGGCCGGCUUGCGCAAGGCACCCUCUAGUCUGCCUUCAUCUCUGCUUUAG